AUGUCAGAAAAGAGGAAGCCGCUGCUGGGCUUCAUGGGCAAACUCCCCAGUGGGCCUGCCCUUGGGAACUCUGGCAAGACGCACUGCCCUUCGUGCAUGGGGCUUUUCCAAGCGCCCAGGCUCCUGCCUUGUUUGCACACAGUUUGCACCACCUGUUUGGAGCGGCUGGAACCCUUCUCAGUAGUGGACAUCCGAGGGGGAGACUCUGACGCAAGCUCUGAGGGGUCACUAUUCCAGGCACUCAAGCCACCCUGCCGGCAGCCGCAGACCGGCAUCCUCUGCCCAGUAUGUGAUGCUCAGGUGGACCUGCCCAUGGGCGGAGUGAAAGCUUUAACCAUAGACCACCUGGCCAUGAAUGAUGUGAUGCUGGAGAGUCUGCGUGGGGAAGGCCAGGGCCCCGUGUGUGACCUGUGCAGCGACAGGGACGUGGAGAAGAGGUGUCAGACCUGCAAAGCCAAUCUGUGCCAUUUCUGCUGCCAGGCGCAUAGGAGGCAGAAGAAAACGAUUUACCACACCAUGGUGGACCUCAAGGACUUGAAGGACUUCAGCCGGAUUGGGAAGGCCAUCCUGUGUCCCGCUCACCCUGCGGAGGAGCUGAGGCUGUUCUGUGAGCUGUGCGACCAGCCGGUGUGCCGAGACUGCGCGGUGGGGGCGCACCGGGAGCACCCCUGUGACUUCGCCGGCAACGUCAUCCACAAGCACGGGGACUCCGUGCGGGAGCUCCUCAAAGGCACCCAGCCCCGCCUGGAGGCCCUGGAGGGAGCCCUGGCCCAGGUCAAAGACACGAAGAGUGCCCUCCAGCAGCGAGUGCAGGCCGUGGCCGCCGACAUCCGGACGUUCUCCGAGGGCUACAUCAAGGCCGUCGAAGAGCACCGGGACGCGCUGCUGAAGCAGCUGGAUGACAUCCGGCUGCAGCAGGAGAGCUCCCUGCAGCUGCAGAAGGCCCAGCUGGAGCAGCUGCUGGCGGACAUGCGCACUGGAGUGGAGUUCACCGAGCACCUGCUGACCAGCGGCACCGACCUGGAGAUCCUCAUCACCAAGGGGGUGGUCGUGGAGCGGCUCACGAAGCUGAACCAAGUCGAGUACAGCGCCCGUCCCAGAGUCAACGACAAGAUCUGCUUCUCUCCUCAGGAGAAAGGCCGGUGCCGUGGCUAUGAAGUUUACGGGGCCAUCAAUACCAAAGAGGUCGAUCCAGCCAAGUGUGUCCUUCAAGGAAAAGAUCUCCACAGAGCCCGGGAGAGGCAAACAGCCUCCUUCACCCUGCUGUGUAAGGACGCGGCGGGAGAGGGCAUGGGCAGGGGAGGAGACAACAUCCAAGUCGCAGUUGUCCCUAAAGAUAAGAAAGACAGUCCAGUCCGAACAAUAGUGCAAGACAACAAGGACGGGACCUACGGCGUUUCCUACACCCCCAAGGAGCCUGGCAUCUACAAGGUGUUGGUCUGCGUCAAAGAGCAGCACGUGCAGGGCUCGCCGUUCACUGUGACCGUGAGGAAGAAGCACCACCCGCACCCGGGCGUGUUUCACUGCUGCACGUUCUGCUCCAGCGGAGGCCAGAAAACGGCUCGCUGUGCCUGCGGGGGCACCAUGCCAGGUGGGUACCUGGGCUGUGGCCAUGGACACAAAGGCCACCCAGGCCGUCCCCACUGGUCAUGCUGUGGGAAGUUUUCUGAGAAGUCAGAAUGCACGUGGACAGGCGGGCAGAGCGCAGCGAGGAGUGUACUCAGGACGGUGGCACUCUGA